UGAUAUUUUAUUAUUUCUCAAAUAAAAUAUAUUUCCAUAAUCCUUGGAUAAUUAAGAAAAUAUGGCUGCUCCUUUCCACACUACAAUCUUCUUUGUGGCAAUUCUUGCAUGUUUUGCCUCAGUUGCUUUUGGUAUUGCUGGAAAAGCCACUUUUUACAAGACAUCAGCAUGUUAUGGUUACCAAGCUCAAGGGACGACGAUGAUCGCGGCUGUAAGUCCAGACAUAUACAGGAAUGGGGCUGCCUGCGGUAGAAUGUACCGAGUUAGUUGUACAGGAGCCAAUUGUAGGGGAGGUAGUGUUACCGUCAAAGUUGUAGACCUUUGGCCUACUUGUGGUACCAACCAAUUUGAUCUUUCCAGUCAAGCCUUUGCUAAAAUUGCUAAUCCUGAUGCUGGCGUUAUCAACAUCGAUUAUGUGCGGUAA